AGAAGCUCAGUGUGUGUGUGUGUGUGUGUGAGGGGGUGGAGGUGGUGGUGAUGCUGCUGGUGCUGUUGCUGGCGGUGGACGGGGGUUGUCUUUUAGCUGGCUGAAUGUGUUGACACGCAUUUCUGCUCCAUCUUCUUGAUUAAAUCGGCAGCCUGGAGGGGAGUCGCAACCGUGUGUGAAGCAGCAGCAGCAGCAGCAGGAGCAGCAACAGUCAGGAGGGCUGGGCAGGGAAAAGGAAUGAGAGCGGACCGAGCCGUGGCAUCUUCACCAUGCAGCCGACCACCACCAGCCGUCCAUUUUAUACGAUUAUAUGAGCCGAUGAGCGCCAGUUUGUCUGUAUCUUACAGAGGGGCAGCAGCGGUGUGUAGUCCCGGCGAUGACAACAUAGGCCAACGCCUCCCUGCAGCUACAGACAGGGAAUGAAAACGCUCCCAAGAUGGUCCGCAUCGCAAAGGCCCUGGGUUUGGUUAUUCUGUGCGUCGCUGUGCUCAUACUGUCUCUCAUCAGCUAUGUGUCACUAAGAAAAGACAGCCUCUUCACCUCCUCUAAAUAUUACAUGGGAGGCCCGCGGAUUAUGUUCCAUGCAGGAUUUCGGUCUCAGUUUGCCAUGAACUUUCUGGACCCCUCUUUCAUCCCAUUAACUAAUGCCCUGAAUGAGGAGCUCCAAGGAAAACCUUCCAAAUGGAAGUUCAACAAGACUGCUUUUUAUCAGCAGAGGAAAGAUAUUUUCAGCUAUAUCGACAUUCCCAACAACUUCUCCCUCACAAAGAACAGUGUGCGUGUUGGCCAGCUGAUGCACUUUGACUACUCCAGCCACAAGUAUGUCUUCUCCAUCAGCAACAACUUCAAAUCCCUGCUCCCAGAAACAUCUCCUAUCCACAACAAGCAUUACAGCAUAUGCUCUGUGGUGGGCAACAGCGGCAUCCUGACAGGAAGCCACUGUGGCCCAGAAAUCGACCAGGCCGACUUUGUCUUCCGUUGCAACUUCGCCCCCACAGAGGUCUACUCCAAGGACGUGGGAAGGAAGACCAACUUAACCACCUUUAACCCCAGCAUCCUGGAGAGAUACUACAACAACCUGCUGACCAUUCAAGACAGGAAUAAUUUCUUCCUUAACCUGAAGAAGCUAGAGGGAGCCAUCCUGUGGAUCCCUGCCUUCUUCCUUCAUACGUCAGCUACAGUAACCAGGACCCUGGUGGACUUCUUUGUGGAGCACAAGGGCCAACUGAAGGUUGAACUGGCCUGGCCAGGAAACAUCAUGCACGAUGUCAACAAAUAUUGGAAGACUAAAAACCUCUCCCCCAAACGUCUCAGCACUGGAAUCCUCAUGUACACACUGGCCUCUGCCAUGUGCGACGAGAUCCAUCUCUACGGCUUCUGGCCCUUCGGCUGGGACCCUAAUACAGGCAAGGAUCUGCCUUACCACUACUACGACAAGAAAGGGACCAAAUUCACCACCAAGUGGCAGGAGACACACCAGCUGCCCAGCGAGUUCAAGCUGCUCUACAAGCUGCACAGGGAAGGUGUGAUUAAACUCAGCUUGACACACUGCACUUAGACAUAAAAUGAGUGUUGGAUGGUUAGGAGACUCCAGAGACCAUGACCCAGAUACAUCAGCUUAGCUCAAACUUCUGUUGUGACCCAUAAUGCAUGAUAAGUGUAAUUUACGACAGCCCCAUUUAACAAACACACACUCACAUCACACUGUAAUUUCACAUGAAGAUAUCGGGCUCAUUUGGGAUGUCAGUCGCAGAUAUAUCACAGCAUUGUUGCUCAUUCGGUAUAUUGUCGUCUUCGGUACCACAGUUAGGACUUUUAUGCUGCUCAGUUGCUUCCAUUACACUCCUUUGCAUGGCUGAUGGCCGUGGCUAAACAGCUCAAACAGAACAAAUGUCUAUUUUAACUGGAGUCCACAGGGGAUUCAGCUGUGGAAACACAAACAGUUAAAUCUUCCAGUUCUGUUUAACACAGUAUCGAUUGAUUAAUCGCCUUUUACAACAGUAUACUGAUUCUGUACACUGAAAUCACUGCCUAAUCUCAGGGAAGGAGUUAGAUCAGUGUUUUUUUGUAAUCAGAUUCAUUGCCUCAAGAGAGGUGCAGUUCCUGUUUUCAGGCCUUUUUUCCCCACGAGGUGUCAGACAAUCUGCACUGCUCUGGAUGAUGGUAUUUGUUUACAAGACUGUACUCUAUAUAUAUACAUAUAUAUACAUGUGUGUCUUUUAUUCUCUGUAGACAGUUUGACUGUCCACUUCAAAUUUUGUUGAGAUUCUUCAAAUUUUUGGAAUAAUAAUUAACAUUCCAACAAUAAGCCAUAAAUUCAUAGACAGAUGAUAGUGUGUUGUUAUUACAGUACUGAAUUUCAGAAAGUGUCUAUAGCCACGCUAGCGGCUACAUUCAAGUCACAGAACUUUGAUUUUCCAAAUAAUAAAUACUCGUCUGUCUUCGGCAACCCACAAAAGUCGUUUUACAACAUUUUGUGCUUUUUUGAAGGUAUUUCAUAUUUAUUAUUUCAUCCACUGUGCAAUAUUGUUUUUAAUCUGCUCCUAAAGUUGCUACUCUAACUUCCUGUCCAAGGAAUGACUCUUAAAAAUGUUUUCAAAGUAAGUAAGUAAGACAUUUCCUGAAUGUCUUUGAGGAAUCUGGAAAUACAUUCAAAACAGCUGUAUUUUGUAAUUUUGUUAAACAACUUCAUAAAUUUGUCUUAAAGAUUGCAGGGAGUUUAUUUUUUAGAAGAUCAGAUUUAGUUCUGUGACUCGAACGUAAUGUCAAUUCAGGAAACCGGGGUCACAAACUGGGGUUAGGUUGCACUGGCUAGUCAUAAGCUAAGAUAAAUAGUUUGUUGUACAUUUUAACUAGCUCGUUUAAAACUAGCGAGUUAUAAAACUGGAACCUCAUGGUGACGAGAGGACCUCAGGAAGUCUACAGUAACCCCCAGUAAUACCACAAAUUGACGUUUUACACUUGUUUUUUUUUUUUUUUGUAUUUAGAACAAAAACGAUAUAACAAUAGUUAGCGUUAGGGGUUCUGGUAGUCAGAUUUGGUUAUCUUAAGACAGAUCCAGGCUAGCUGUUUCCUCUAUUUCCAGUGUUUAUGCCUAGCUAGCUAGCUGCUAGUUGCAGCAUCAUUCUAUGGCGAUUUUCUCAACGAACUCUUGCGAGAAAGGAAACAAGCAUACUAUUGAAAUAUUCCUUUAAAACCCAAUAUCUUUGCUUGUAAAUGAAUUAUUGUAAGCUGUGAUCUAACUUCCAAAGGUAGUUAUUGGGUGCAUACAUCUCCUCGUCCAAUGGAAAUGUAGGAAUGACUUUAUUUUAUAUGCAUACAGAGAUAUAUGUAUAUUUAUAUUUCUCAGUUAAGAUAGUCAUCAGAUUAGCAUGAUUGGAAAAUCAAUAACGUGUUAUUCGGUCAUUUAGUAUAACAUUACUGACUGGAUUUUGUAAUUUCAGAUGUAUUAUAUUAUUUUGCAAAGUGCAAUUUAAAAUUUCCCAAGUGUACAUCAUUUCACAGCUGUGCGUCAACCGAAUUCCAUCAUCUCUUUUACUCUUAAAGGUCCAGUGUGUAACAUUUAGUGGGAUCUGUUGGCAGAAUGUGGAAGAAAUGGAACAUAAUAUGCAUAACUAUGUUUUUAUUAGUAUAAUCACCUGAAAAUACCAAUCAUUGUGUUUUUGUUACCAUAGAAUUAGCCCUUUAUACCUACAGAGAGAGUGUCCUCUUCCACAGUAGCACCAUGUACAGUAUCCCUAAAUGGAUAAACCAGCCACUGGCUCUAGAGAGGGCCUUUUACACUUUUUGUGAGUUUAAUGGCCACCAAGGUUUCUCCUUUGUGUUUGAAAGGUUGCUUGCAAUCUUCAACCCUAACUCAAUAGAUACUAAAUGCUACACACCUGACCUUUAAGUCUAAAUCUCAUAUACAAGCAAGAUGACAUUAGUUUGUCAAUGUCAGUUGAUUCAGUUAGCUGUGCAACAAUUACAGCUGGCAGUUCAGCAGGUGUAAAUAAAUGGAGUUAGUAACUACCAUUAGUAACUACUACUACUAAUAGUAAUAAGUUACUAUUAGAAACUAAUAUUUAUGUAAGAACUAGUUUUCUGUGGUGAAAAGUGUGAUGUGUGAAUCUUCACAAGCUAAAUUUGAAUUUACAAUUAACAGGGAAAAAAAUUGUUGCAUCAAUGAAAAAUGUAGACAAUAUUUUGUAAUGCUCACCAAUAAUAGGAUAAAAAUAUCAAGUUUGACUAGAUUGGUACCAGACUAGGACCAUCCUGUAACCUAAAUUGCUAGCGUGGCUAAAACAUCAGGAAAUAUAACAUUUUGGACGCAGUUUCUUCAAUUAUUUAGGUACCAACAACAAAUCUUGAGGUUUCAAUUACUAUUUCAAUUCUGAAAAUAUUAACAAAGAGACCACACUAUUCAUUAUAGAGCCUUUGUUGAAUGGGGAAAGUGAUUUACUGAUGAUAUAACCAUAUCAGUUCCAAUAUUUGUGACAUAAAACAGAGGAAUGAAUGAAUGUUACAUGAUUUACUGCAUCUUGUAUAAAGAGCAUGAUCCAUUUAAAUGGCAUUGCAUGUGAGGCACUAACAAAUCUUUUAGGCUAGUUUUAUACAACCUUUUUGAAGAUUGUUUUGAAGGUAAUAUUUAGUUCUUUGCUAUUGUUUGUAUUCCUGAUGGUGUAUUCCUUAAGAAUAUCACCAGUGUCUUUGUAUGAGAGAUAUUUGAAGGAUAUAAAAUAACACUACUGCUAUAUUCCACAUGGGACCAAACCUCUACAGAUCAACUUAAAAAUGAACAAGCUUUAUUUUUUGUACAUGUCGAUAAUCUUUCUCAAAAACAGUCCACCCUAUCAUGCCAGACUGAAGCAGAUUGGUGGAUGUGGGGUUCAGGAUGUCUGAGCCCAAACUGUAAAAGCUGGCCACAUGACCAUCUCAUGACUCUGCAACAUGUGCUCCUUCUUGCAAAUUCUGGUUUAGGCAGAGGUUUAAUACACAGGGCAAGGCAUUCACAUUUACCAGAUGUAGUGUGCUCUUGUGCUCAUUCAGAUGGCAGGCCUUUGCUUGCCAUCGAGUCCUACACAAAGUGUUUUUUGUCUGUCUCCUUAGGCAAGAUGAACAUUUCAGAUACUAAAUUUUUAUAUCUCGUCUCCAAAUCACAGUGCAGUCACCACAACAACCAUGAAAACACAUAUCUGAUGAAAAACGUUUGAAUAGCUGAUUUUUAAACAAUUUAAUUGAUGUCAUAGAUGUGUACAUUUAAGAAUAAGUUCUUUAGUCCCUUCAUUAGGAAUGUUUUGUAGAUACACCAAAGACCAUGUGUUUAGAGGAAAAAUGUUGCUUUAGCUUGAUACAGAUUGAUUUGGGAUGUUGGACACUAUGUGAAAACUAACCGCAAGUAUUAUUGUAGAAGAAGUGGAAUAUCCCUUAUUUGAUGUUGAAUUUGCUGUUGAAUAUCACUUUUUGUGGCACAGAAAAUUAUUUCAAACUUUUGCUUUUAUGGCUUGAACCGAAGUAAUGUAGUGGAAUUUAUUUGUGACUCCAUGAUUGUUCUCCUAUAGAUCGAUUUGUUUGAAAAAUUCACUGGCGCUGACAUGAAUGCUGGACAUUUUCCUCCUACAAAAAGUUUCUCCUCACUUUCAAAGUCGAUGUGUAGAAUGUGUCUAAA